UCAAGGGGGCCCAGCCAGUCUCGCUAGGUGUCGCCACAACUCGUCACACAUUAGACGUAUGCACGUUUAACACUGACACACUAACCUUCGCAUCCCGGCGAUACCGACUCAUGUCCCCCGCCCGACGCCAAUGCGCCGCCCCCCUUGCGGCAGCGCUGCUGCUGCUGCUGGCGGCCGGCUGCGCCCUGGCCUCCGCCAGCCGCACCGACGACGGAUUCAGUGGCAACUAUAAUAAGAAGGGCGGCAAGAACCCGGGCAGCAGGCGCGCGUCCCCGCCACCAGCCCGACGCCGCUACCCGCCGCCAGUGGGCAGUGGUGGCUUGACGACGUCACGACCGUCGCCUGCUGCCGCACCCGGCGGCGGCGACACGCGCGAGCGUAUUGACCUGGUUGUGUUUGGCGACUCCCUCUCCGACACGGGCAACACCUUCCGCGCGGCGGGUGUGCCUCAGGCCGACCUCUACUACCAGGGCAGGUACUCCAACGGCCCCGUCUGGAUCGACUACCUGGCUGCCGAAGUCGCCAACAACAACAGCGCCACCACCGUACUCAAUUUGAUCGCAGACAAUUUGCUGAUGUUUGGGUUCUGGCCUUUGCAAGGGCGACGUGGCAACACAGGACGCCGGCAGCUCACAGGCAGCAGGCACCCGCCCCUGCGCGCCAUCAUUCCUCCCCCCGGCAAGAACGUACCGCGUGUGAGGCGCGCGCCCCCGCCACAUCGCCACCCGCCAGCGAGCGGUGGUGGCUUGAAGCGGCCGCCGCCUGCUGCUGCAUCCGGCGGCGACACGCGCGAGCGUAUUGAUCUGGUUGUGUUUGGCGACUCCCUCUCCGACACGGGCAACACCUUCCGCGCGGUGGGUGUGCCGCAGGCCGACCUCUACUACCAGGGCAGGUACUCCAACGGCCCCAUCUGGGUCGACUACCUGGCUGCCGCAGUCGCCAACACCACUCAGCUCACAGUCCUGAACUACGCCCACGGCGGCGCCGCGGCCUGCCCCGAGAACAGCGUGGCGACGCAGAUCCGCUUCAUCCGCGACCUGCCGGCGCAGACGUCGGCCUUCAUUGCCAACAUCAGCAGCGCGCCCCAGCAGCAGAGCCAGCAGGGCGGCGGCGGCGGCCGGCGCCUGCUGCCGAUCAACUUCAUCGGCAACAACGACGUGCGGAAUGUCCUGUCGGCCGGCAUCAGCGGCGGCGUCUAUCCCACCGAGCAAUCCAUCGGCGCCCUGGCCCUCGCCAUCACCUCCUGCCGCCUGACCUGGGCGAAGCAGCUGCUGGCGGCGGGCGAGGCUGUGUGGGGGCAACAGCGGGGGCCCGAGCGGGUGCUGGUGCUGCUGCCCCUGGCGCGACUGGACCUCACACCCAGCGUGCCCAAGGAGCUCAAGCCGACGCUCAAGGCGGUGACUGACGCGAUCAACAACUUCCUGACGGCGGCGGUGGCGGCGCUGAAUGCGGAGCUGGCGGCGGCGCCGGUCGACAGCGGGAGCCGCGGCGCGCGGCUGCUGGUGCUACCGGACUUCACUGGGGUGGUGGCGGCGACCGUGACGCCGCCCUUCACGAACUUCGACGAGGCUUGCUUCUUCCACCCCGCGUACGUGCUGGACGUGGUUCCCGGCAUUGUGCCCUGCACCGAUCCCGACACCCACGUCUUCUACGACCAGCUGCACCCCACGACGCGCCUACAAAAGGCGUUCGCCCUUAGUGGAGUGCUGCCAGCGCUUCAGCAGGCGGGGCUGCUGCCGGCGGCCGCCUAGCCGCCGCCCACCGCUGUCGCCUCACCGCCGCACGAUGUAUGACGGCGGUGCUGGGGCACUAGCUAGCGGUCAUGCAUGGCAGUGGUGCUGCCGGGACUCGUACGCCGGAUGUUUGGUGGCUUGGGGCACGCCGAUCGAGCCCAGGCGUCACUGACUGGGAGAUGGCAUGGGGUGCGGGGCAGGGGGUAGCGCACCCACGCACGCACGCACGCACUCACCCAGUGGAUGCCGUAUACCGUAUGCACGUGUGGCGCUGUGAUCGAUCAGACUGCUGGCCAUGUGCGCGUGCAUGCGGACUUGCUUAUGUGCGAGCGUGUCAACGUACGUGUGUAUGUGCAUAUGCGUGCGAUGUGUGCGGGCACAUGACGGCAGCCCGGGGGAUCCAGCAUGCACGUAGUGUGCGUGUGUGGGCUGAGAUCAAGCGCCAGUUACCGGUACUGCCGUGGCCGUGUUGGGCCAACUUCUGUGAGCACGCAUGAUCGCACAUAGCACAUGUAAUGGCCCUAAUACCAUGGGGGCAUGUCGCACCCGUGGGGGGCACUGUAACCGUAGGAUGGU